GCGGUUCUCGUGUGAAUUCUGGCGCGCAGCGUGCGUUCGCGAAACGUUUGUCCGGAUUAGGAUUGGCGUGGUGCUUGGACAGCGAUUUGUGCCGCACCGUAAACUGUAUGCAAAGACGCCAUGGCAAGUGGUAGUAGGCGGACAGUCACCAAUGAUUUGCCAGAGGUGUUACGUCCUCUUUGCAUUGCCGAACACUUCACGUCUGAAGAUGAUGACUCCGACGGGAAACAAACGUACUCGGAAGAGGAAGACGUCGGCACUCCGCUGGUCCGCCCUCCAGGCCCUGCCGAAGAGGAGUCGCUCAUUGAACACUUCGCGUCUGACGGUGGCGACUUUCACACUGAACACCUAAAUGAAUCCGACAUGGAACAAGAGUACUCGGAAGAAGAAGACGUCGCCACUUCACUGGGCCGCCCUUCUGGCCCUGCCGAAGAGGAGUCGCUCAUUGGUAGCUCCAAUCGAAAAGAGAGCGACGAUCCAGGCAUAGUUUUUCUAAGAGGCGUUGGUCCUAGCUCCAAUGCAGUGCUCAACAUGGCCGCCCAUCAGCUUCGCGGGGCCGAGGAAGCCUCCAAAAUGGCGCGUCCGCACUUUCGACGUCGCCUUUUCAAGGCCAACAGCAAGCUCCUAGCUGUGGAAGCAGUGAAGAGCAACGUGCUGCAGCAGAGUCUCGAGUCCAUGAUGGACCGCAAGGAGGCCCUGGCACAGAAGAUUCUGGAGACUGAGGAUCCCGACCAGAUAGCCGAAAUCACCGCUCGCAUAGACCAGCUGGAGGAGCAGAUGGCCAAGACUCGCGAUCUGAGCCUGGAAGAGCUGCUGGAGCAGGCUACGCGCCCCAUUGACUGGCUGCGCAUUGCAGCUGUCGACAUGCGGACGAACCGGACAGCAUUCGACUGCGAGGCGAGGUGGCGCAACCUUCUAGACGUGCGCCUGAACCAGGACCCCUGGACGCCCGAGGAGGACGAGCGCCUGGCAACCGUGGCCGCCAAGUGGAAAGGGCGCAACUGGGACCAGAUUGCCCAGGAGUUGAAGACCAACCGCAGCGCGUACCAGUGUGCGCAACGCUACACGAGCCAUCUCGUGAGGUGCCACAAGACGGGCUCCUUCACGGAAGAGGAGAACCACAAACUAAAGCGCCUCAUCUCCGUCUGCUCCGAUGGGGACAACAUAUCCUGGUCACAGGUGUGUCACUAUAUGGACUGCCGGUCUAAGAAGCAGCUGAUAAACCGCUACCACUGGUCCCUGUAUCCGAACAUGCAGCGGGGCCGCUGGUCAGCGCAGGAAGAUGUCAUGCUGCUUGUCGCUGUGAAGCUGUACGGGGACGUUAGCUGGUCCAAGAGCUGA